AUGGAGGGCCAGGAGGGCCCCUUCCUGGAGCCAGAGCAUGGCGCGGGCAAGCAGAAGCAGACCCGGCGCAAGAAAUCGCGCAUGGGCCGCCUGCCCAGCGAGAUUACGCGGGAGGAGCUGGCGCAGUGGUUCCACCUCCCUGCCGAGGAGGCAGCCCGCGUCAUGCGUGUCUCCCUCACCGUCUUGAAGCAAGUGGCACGGCGGCACGGCGUGCUCAGGUGGCCCUACCGCAAGGUCAAGAGCCUGUCGCGCGCGCUGAGCCAGCCCGCCGGCAGCACGCCGUCCACGCCGCGCGGCAGCCAGCCGGGCGGCACGCCGCUCAGCAGCACGCUGUCAGAGCCCGUCGGCAUGAUGCAGCCUGCGGUGUCGGGGCAGCAGCGCGGCGGCAUGAGCCCCAGCCACAGCGCGCUGCUGCUUGACCAGCAGGUGGCGGCGGCGGCGGCGGCCGCCGCGGCGCACCACCUGGCGGGCACCGCCUCUGGCUCUCCUCGCAUGCCUCCGCGGCAGCCCUCAGGCCUGAGGCUAGCCAUGGAGAUGUCGAGCUCCUCUCUGCCGUACUUCCCACCCCUGGGCGCGCAGCAGGCGCAGCAGGCGCAGCAGGCGGCGCAGCAGGCGGCGCAGGCGCCGCCGCUGCCGCCCUCCCUCAGCGCCUCGCACCUGCAGAGCCUGAUGCAGCAGGCGCAGGCGUUGGCCAUGCCGCCGCACUGGUCGCAGCCGGCGCAGCGGCAGCGGCAGCAGCAGCAGCAGCCGCAGCCGCCAUCGCCGCAUGCCGACGGCGGCGGCGGCGGCGGCUACCCGGGCCCCUGGCGGCCCGCCCCCACGCCCAGCGGCAACAGCCAGGCGAGCCGGCUGUGGAGCGAGGCGGCGGCGGCGGUGGUGGUGGCUGGUCACCAGCAGCAGCAGCAGCAGCAGCAGCAGCAGCAGGCGCAGGCGUUCCAGCAGCCGCAGGGGCAGCCCGGGCAUGCCAGCGUGCCUUCCAGCCCCGCUGUGCCGCGCCUCGUCUCCCUGCACCGCCCCACCGCGCAGCAGUGGCAGCCCUGGCACGCGCUGCCCGCGCAGCAGCAGGCGCCGCUGCCGUCGGCAGCUGCUCCACCGCCGCCGCAGGCGCCGCCGCCGCAGGCGCGCGGCGCGGAGGCCGCGGCCGCGGCGCCGGCGCCGGCCAGCGCCGCCACUGCCGACGGCCACCCGCCGGCAGACAGUGCCAACCUCACCCCCACCUCUGCCGACACGCGCGGCAUCGAGGUGCUUCUGUCUGCCAUAGACAAGGAGCAGCAGCACGAGCGCCAGCUCAGCCAGCAGCUGACCGACGCCGGCGUGGGCAGCGCGCCCGCGCCCGCCGCCGCCGCCGCCAGCGACCGCGCGGUGGCUGUGUCUGAGGAGGUGGCGGCGCCGCCGCGGCCCUGCGCCGAGGUGGCACAGCACGCGCAGCAGGCACAGGAGGCACAGGCGGCGGCCGCCGCGCCGGCGGGGCCGCAGCAGGAGCCUCAGCAGGGAGAGCCGCAACCUGCGGUCGGCGGCGAGGCGGAGGCCGCAGCAGCAGCAGCAGCUGCCCGCCAGCUCAACCGCAUCAGCUCAGAUGGCGGCUCCGCAGGCUCCAGCUCAGACCCGCCCCACCCGGCCUCGCGCCAGGCCGACGCGGCCGCCGCGGUGGCCGCCGUGGCGGCGGCGCCGGCGCCCGGGGCCGGCGCCCCGCCCAGCCCCGCCGCCGCAGAGGCCGAGGCGACGACCUCGCGCCCCGCCAGCACCGACGGUCAGCCGGCGGCGGCAGCAGAGCCGCCGCCGCUGCGCCUCGGCUCCGGCGCCUUCCGCCCGCUGGCGCCAGCGCCGCAGCCCGACCCUCCGCCUCGGCCCUCCUCGCCGCCCGCCGCCGGCCCCAGGCCCGCAGCAGCGGCAGCGCCGGAAGGCGGCGCCGACACGUGGCGGGCAGCGGGCGCCGCCGCGGCGGCAGCCCAGCUGCCCGCCAGCCCCACGGCCGCCGCGGCGGCCGCCGCCGGUGACAUGUGGGCGGCUGCGGCGGCGGCUGCGGCUGCUGCGGCGGCGGCGGGGGCGGCAGGCGGCCGCCCCGCGGCGCUGCGCCGCCCCUCGCCCUUCACCUCGCGCCGCGCCUCGCCUGGGCCGCCCGCCUCCCCCGCCACCUCCCAGCACGGCAAGGGCCCCUUUGGGCUGGAGCUCUCCCUGCAAGACCUGCUGGCGCAGCAGAAGGCAGAGGCGGCUGCGGCGGGAGCCGGCGGCGGCGCCGGCGAGCCGCCCACGGCCGGCCUGCCGCGCCGCGCCUCUCUGAGCAAGGAGGGCAUGGAGCGGCUGCCCACCUUUGAGUGGGGCGGCGGCAAGUCGCGCUCCCCAAGCCCGCGCCUCGCCUCGCCGCCAGACUUCACGUUUGGUCCCGCGCCGGGCGGCGGCGGCGGCGGCGGCGGCGGCGGCGGCGGCGGCGGCGGCGGCGGCGGCGGCGGCGGCGGCGGCGGCGGCGGCUUCGGCGGCGGCGGCGCAUUGGCGAGGGAGGCCGCGCCCGCUGAGCUGGCGGGAGCCUCCCCCGGGGCGCUGUCGGUGCGGCUGGCCACGGCGGUGGGCGCCAAGCGCCCGGCGGCGGCGGCCAGCUGGGAGGCGGUGGCGGGCGCGGGCGGCGGCGCCGCCACCGGCGGCUCGCCCACCAAGCGCGCGCACCUGGCGGCGGGCGCGGCGGCGGCGGAUGCGGAGGCGGCCCUUCAGCCGCAGCGCUCCCGCCAGCUGUCCUGCCAGCUGUCGGGCUCGCUGCCGUCUGGCCAGCUGUCUGGCCAGCUGUCGUCUCAGCAGCAGAGCGCCGACACGCCGCGCCACCGCCAGAGCGGCGCCAACCUGGGCCUAGGCAGCCUGGGCCUGGGCAGCGGCAGCCUGGGCCUUGCCAGCGGCAGCCUGGGCCCGCUGGGCAGCGGCAGCCUGGGCCUGGGCAGCGGCAGCCUGGGGCCGCUGGGCAGCGGCGGCCAGCUUGGCGGCGCCUCGGACGGCGGCAGCGGCGAGCUCAGCCUGCCCGCCAUCAUGGCGCUGCUGCGGGGGGCGGCCGGGGUGCAGCCGCUGCAGGACCAGGCGUGGGAGUCGGAGCGGCAGCAGCUGCUGGCGCUGGUGCUGGCCGGCGGCGGCGGCGGCGGCGGCCUCGAGGCGCUGCUCCGCUCGGCCUCCUGGGAGCGCCAGCAGCAGGCGGCGGCGGCGCAGACGUCGCUGCUGGGCGCCGCCGCCUCGCUGCCUCCCUCCCUGUUCGGGCAGCUGCUCGGCAGCCGCCCCUCGCCGCGGGGCUCCCAGGGCGGUAGCGCCUUCAACGCCUUCCACCCAUCCCACUCUGCGCCGGCGGCCAUCUUUGCGGCGGCCGGCCAGCAGGGGCAGGCGCCGCGCGGCGCUGGGCAGCAGCAGGGGCCGCCCCCGCAGCUGCAGCAGCUGGCGGUGGCGCAGCAGCAGCAGGCGCAGCAGCAGGCGCAGCAGCAGGCGGCGAUGAAGGCUGCUGUACCGGUGAUACCGGAGCAGGUGGCCCUGUUCUGCCUGCAGAAGUACGCCAAGAAGCUGGGAUACUCGAUUGACACGAUCGCGCUGCAGCAGGCGCAGCAGGAGGCGGCGGCGCAGCAGGCGGCGGCCCAGCAGGCCCAGCAGGCCCAGCACGCGCUGCUGAUGCAGCAGGCCCAGCAGGAGGCCGCCCUCCUGCAGCAGCAGGCGCAGCAGGAGCAGGCGCUGCUGAUGCAGCACGCUGCGGCGCAGGAGCAGGCGCUGCGGCUGCAGCAGCACGCGCACGCCAAGCAGCACCAGCACCAGCACCAGCAGCAGGCGCAGGCAGCCCAGCGCCACCAGCACCAUCACCAGGCGCCCAACCCGCCGCCGCCGCCUCCCCACGGCUGA